AUGGCAGAAUUUGUACGAGCCCAGAUUUUUGGGACAACCUUCGAGAUCACCAGCAGAUACACAGAUUUGCAGCCUGUCGGCAUGGGAGCUUUCGGACUGGUCUGCUCUGCAAAAGAUCAAUUGACAGGCCAGUCCGUUGCGGUCAAGAAGAUCAUGAAGCCUUUCUCUACUCCGGUCCUCGCAAAGCGAACCUACCGGGAACUCAAGCUUUUGAAGCACCUUCGACAUGAAAAUGUCAUUUCCCUCAGUGAUAUCUUUAUCUCUCCUCUUGAAGAUAUUUACUUUGUUACCGAGUUGCUGGGGACGGACCUUCACCGUCUUCUAACUUCCAGACCGCUAGAGAAGCAAUUCAUUCAAUACUUUCUCUAUCAAAUUCUGCGAGGCUUGAAAUACGUUCAUUCGGCUGGUGUUGUCCACCGAGAUUUGAAACCCAGCAACAUUCUCGUCAAUGAGAAUUGCGAUUUGAAGAUUUGCGAUUUCGGCUUGGCGAGAAUUCAAGAUCCCCAAAUGACGGGCUACGUGUCCACCCGGUACUAUCGCGCCCCGGAAAUCAUGCUUACCUGGCAGAAGUAUGAUGUCGAGGUGGACAUCUGGAGUGCCGGCUGUAUCUUUGCCGAAAUGUUGGAAGGCAAACCCCUGUUCCCGGGCAAGGAUCACGUCAAUCAGUUCUCUAUCAUCACCGAGCUGCUCGGGACACCCCCUCAAGACGUCAUUGAAACCAUCUGCAGUGAAAACACCUUGAGAUUCGUCCAAUCCCUGCCCAAACGAGAACGACAGCCUCUGAGCGCCAAGUUCAAGAAUGCCGAUCCCUCCGCCGUUGACCUUCUCGAGAAGAUGUUAGUCUUUGACCCCAGGAAACGAGUAUCGGCUGCCCAAGGCUUGGAGCAUGAAUAUCUCUCUCCUUACCAUGAUCCUACCGAUGAGCCAGUGGCAGAUGAGAAGUUCGAUUGGUCCUUCAAUGACGCUGACCUUCCUGUCGACACGUGGAAGAUCAUGAUGUACUCGGAGAUUCUCGAUUACCACAACAUCGAUAAUCAGGAGACCGAUAUGGGAGACAAAGGACUGUCCGUUGAGCAGGCCCAAGCCAUAAAUGGACAGGCAGUCCAAUAG